CUCAUAACCAACUCCUGCUCCCCCUGGCGACGAAUAGCACCCUUUUAUCCUCUUCGUACAUAUUAUUCCCCUCUUCUGACCAUGACUGCUGUCGACUACAAGAUUGCAGGCGCUACGCCUGAGCAGCAAGAGGCCGUGGACAUGCUGGUCAAGCAGUUCCUGCUGACUGACUCGCGUCUGGGCGAGAUCAUCAAGGAGUUCCGGCGGCGGAUGGAGGACGGGCUGGCACACGACGGGCGCGUGGUGCGGAUGUUCCCAAGCUAUGUGACCCGCCGCCCGACAGGCAGCGAGGCCGGGUCGUACUAUGCGAUCGACCUUGGCGGCACGAACCUGCGUGUGCUGAAGGUGACUCUUGACGGCGCGGGUGGUGUGACGACCGAGCACCAAAAGUUCUCGCUGACGGAGGAGGCCAAGACGAAGACGCUGUUUGACUUCAUUGCGCAGAGCAUCGAGACGUUCCUGGACGACCGCAACCUGCGGCCGACGGGCCAGGACGAGCCCAUCUCGAUGGGCUUCACGUUCUCGUACCCGGUGCAGCAGACAUCGAUCAACAGCGGCAUACUGUCGCAGUGGACCAAGGGGCUGAAUGUGCCUGGAUGCGUCGGCCGCGACGUGGUGCGGCUGCUGCAGGAUGCGCUGCUGCGCCUGGGCCUGCGCGUGAAGAUCUCGGCGCUGGUCAACGACACGGUGGGCACGCUGCUGUCGGCCGCGUACAAGAACCCGGCGGCGCAGAUGGGCAUUAUCUUUGGCACGGGCACCAACGCUGCAUACUACGAGAACAUCGACAAUAUCGGCAAGUGGAAUGGCCCGCGGCCCGAGUCGGGCGAGAUGGUGGUGAACAUGGAGUGGGGAGCCUUUGACAGCAACGAUUUCGCCUUCCUGCCGUUCACGCAGCACGACAUCAAGCUGGACCGCAAGUCGAUCAACCCGCGCAAGCAGGCGUACGAGAAGAUGAUCUCGGGCAUGUACCUGGGCGAGAUCGCGCGCAACGUGAUACUGUGGCUGGCCGACCAGCGCCUGAUGUUCGGCGGGUGUUCGUCCGAGGUGCUCAACGCCAUGUGGUCGAUCGACACGUCGUACCUGUCAAAUGCGCUGGAGGACACGUCCGAGGACCUCGACGAGAUCAAGUGCAUCAUCGAGAAGACCCUGAGCAUCGCCGAGACAACGCUGGUCGACCGCAAGAUCUUCCGCCUGAUCGCCGCGCUGGUGGGCGAGCGUGCUGCGCGCCUCAGUGCCAUCGGCGUGGUUGCCACGCUGGGCAAGCGCCCGGAACUGCUCAAGAAGGCCGUGCAUAUUGGCAUUGAUGGCUCGAUGUACGAGUUCUGGCCCAACUUUGACAAGAUGCUGAGCGACACUGUCUCGCACUUCCUGGCGCCCGAGCAGUUCGCAAACGUCAGCUUUGGCCUGGCCAAGGACGGCUCUGGUGUCGGAGCUGCGAUCAUUGCUAUGCUUGCCUCCCAGGAGUAAACCUACUAAUUUUCUUUUUCAAACAUCAUAUUUUUCCUCUGUAAGUUUC